GGAAUAAUCAAGAGAGAGAAAAAAAACCGCAAAAAAAAAACAAGAAUUGUUCCUCGCAAAGAUUUUAACUUUGAGCCUCUGAGAAACCAAAGCUUCACUCUGAUUCGCAGAGCGAAUCCAAGAGACGACAGAGAGAGAAACGCGAAGAACAGAAACAGCUCAGAUUUUUCCCCUCAAAGCUUUUUAAUUGAUUAUUUUUCUCUCUUUAAUCCAAUCUCAAGGAAUCAUGAACAGAUCGGGAUCGAAGAUUUCGCUGUUUUAAGUUCCCGGGUUUGAUUUUUUCCCCCAUUUUUUUGUGAAAUUGGAAUCUGGAGAUCUGGAUCUUGAAAGCUGGCAAAAUUUUCGUGUGGUGGGGGUUUAUCUGUUCUUGAUGAUUGAUUUGAUUAGGUUAUUGGUCGAAUCUACAAUCUGAAUCCGUUUCUCAUCUGAGUUUUGAAUGGUUUAGAUUCGAAAUUCGAAGACUUAUCUCGUUAUUGAUUCGGGUCUCGAGAGAGAGAUUAUUCUUCUGGAUUGAUCUGAUUUCCCAACACCAAGAAUCGUAGUGUUUCGAAGACAUGUUGGAAGAUCGAUCACUAGAUUCGUGUUUGAUUUCAAGGGUUUUCUCAAGCUCUCGUAUCUCUGAAUCAAACUGGUCAAAGUCUUACAUGUAUCCAGAGGAUGAUGCUUCUGAUGAGAAUAAGCUCAGCAAUGGUAAAAGAGCUCUGGAGGUUGUUGGUGAGAUUAGACAGACCAAAUCACUUAAACUAAUGGGUUUUUCGAUUACAUACGAUAGCGAUUCCUCUGACUAUUCAUUGAGUGGGGAAGAGGCAGCAAAUGGCAAUGGCUCAUCGAGUCAGGAGCAAGAGCAAUCUGACUCUAGCAACAACGGUGGUGAUUCAUCGGACACGCAUUCUCUUAUCAACGAGAUUGGUCGGGACAAUUCGAUAAACUGUUUGAUCCGAUGUUCGAGGUCUGAUUAUGGCUCCAUUGCUUCUUUGAACAGAAAUUUCCGUUCUUUGGUGAAAAGUGGAGAUAUUUAUAGAUUAAGGCGACAAAACGGGUUUGUGGAGCAUUGGGUUUACUUCUCAUGCCAGCUUUUGGAAUGGGUUGCGUUCGAUCCUGUGGCGAGAAGGUGGAUGCAGUUGCCAACAAUGCCUUCGAGUGUUACCUUCAUGUGUGCAGAUAAGGAGUCUUUAGCCGUUGGCACGGAUCUGCUUGUCUUAGGAAAAGACGAUUUUUCUUCUCAUGUAAUAUACAGAUACAGCCUUCUGACUAAUUCUUGGUCUUCUGGUAUGAAGAUGAACUCUCCCAAGUGUUUGUUUGGAUCAGCGAGUCUUGGAGAGAUUGCUAUAUUCGCUGGUGGUUGCGAUUCUCAGGGAAAGAUUCUUGAUUUCGCUGAGAUGUACAACUCUGAGCUUCAAACUUGGAUAACUCUUCCGAGGAUGAACAAACCGAGGAAGAUGUGUUCAGGGGUUUUCAUGGACGGGAAGUUCUAUGUAAUUGGUGGAAUCGGUGGUGCUGAUUCUAAAGUCUUGACCUGUGGAGAAGAAUACGAUUUAGAGACCAAGAAAUGGACUCAUAUCCCUGACUUGUCGCCUCCAAGAAGCCGUGCUGAUCAAGCUGAUAUGUCACCAGCAGCAGAAGCACCGCCUCUUGUUGCGGUUGUGAAUAACCAAUUGUACGCAGCUGAUCACGCGGAUAUGGAAGUGAGGAAGUAUGACAAGGAGAGGAAGAGAUGGUUAACCGUUGGGAGAUUGCCUGAGAGAGCUGGCUCGGUUAAUGGAUGGGGACUUGCGUUUAGAGCUUGUGGGGAGAGGUUAAUCGUUAUAGGUGGACCAAAGUAUUCCGGAGGUGGGUUUAUAGAGCUGAAUUCUUGGAUACCGAGUGAAGGUGGUCCACCACAAUGGACAUUGCUUGAUAGGAAACAUUCUCCUAAUUUCGUUUACAAUUGUGCGGUGAUGGGUUGCUGAUAAAAAGAAGGCACAUUUUAUAAUACUCUCCAUUUGAAGACACUUUCAGAUUCUUGUUGAUGGGUUUUGAGCUCACAAGUCAAAAAGACUCCAUUGAAGGUUCCAAGCUCCAACCUUUAUGCUUCUUCUUCUUCUUCUUCCUUAUUUGUUUUCCUUACAAAAUUUUUCAAUUUGAAUACAAUCAUCUCUGUAUUGUUAGAGACCAGACAGAAGUCGCAAAAAAAAAGAAGGAAAAAAAACUGAAACAGGUUAUAAUAAGUUCGUUAAAAGUUGAAGAUUUUUAGAGUUUGCCAAAUCUGGUUAACAUUGUUGUAUGUGUUUUAAUCUAUAUUUUUUCUUCUUCUAAUAAUGUGCGAUUGAAAGUUAUGUUUAUAGCCAUCUUUUUGGUCUUUGUUCA